AUGCCUUUUCUCGUCGAGUUCGAGGACGGGAAACACCCGAGUCAGUGCUGGCGGCUGGCCGAGAAGAAAACGUACGUAAUCGGUCGCAACUCGGGGGCCGUAGGCAUUCGCCUGCCGCAUGCGUCCAUCUCGCGCAUGCAUGCAGAACUCUGGGUCUCUGCGUCCGACGAGAAAGAGGCGCGGCAAAAACGGAGCGGCGAACACGACAGGAAACGGAGUCGCCAGGAAGAGUCGCGCCGAGGCAGAGAAGCAGCGCGGCCACGGGGCAGCGCGUCCCCGAGUCGGUCGCCUUCCCGAGCUUCCAGCGUCUCUCCAAACCGAGAAGGCGGAACCCGCUUUCGUCUUGUCGAACUCAAUGCAGUCAAUGGGACGUACAUCAACGACAAGCGCAUGCGCGAAACCUACAGAGGCUGGGUCGGCUCCGGCGCCGCAAUCGCGUUCGCCGACUGUCCCCACCGAUAUAAAAUCCUCGCGGAGCCGCCGUCGCCGUCGCUUCCGUGCAUCGUGGCGCGAAGUAGGUCGGAGAGUCCAGGCGCGGGCAAGCCGUCCGAGCCGUCGAAACCCGACGCACUUCCCUCCAGUUCCUCCACACGUGAUGGCCGAGACCGUUCGCGUUCUCGCGAGAAGCGCGCGAGGCGCAAGAGUCGCUGGUCGUCUCGGCAGGAGAAGAAGUCUUCUCGUUCGUCGUCGCGUAGCCCUCCGCGGCAUUCCCGCAGGCGGCGCGGUUGGGACGACGCGGGGUCCAGCGAGGAGAAGAAGAAACGGGAAGAACUGGACGCGAAGAUGAGCGAAAUUAUCGCGAACGCGCAAUCCGCCAAGGCGAAACAAGACGCCGAGAAGAAGAUGCAUACGGCACUCGACGCGUCGCUGCAGGCGUCGGCCGCCACGGCUGGAGGCGCGAAUCUCUUGGCCAAUCCGAUGAACAGUGCGAGUCUGAACCUGACCAUCGGCCGCGGGUUGUCCUUGCUGAAUUGCCCCACGCCUGUCGGAGUCGCGCAACGGGCGUCCCAAGCCGCACAAGUCGCCGCCGAUCGCCUGCUCUCGCCGUCACCCCUCGCCGCGGCUGCCUUGUCGAAUUUGCUGGCCAGCAACCCGGCGUUGUCGGGGUUGGUGGGGACUGCGAAGUCGCAGAGUUCCGGGCUUUCAGUGCAGGAAAAGAGAAAGCUGCUGUGGGGGAAAAAGGGCGAGAAGGCAGACAGCCAGGAGGAGGAGAAGAGCGAGAACGGGAAGGACGAGAAGGUCGUGGACCCAAAUCGGUACUCGCUCUCGUUUGGAGGCGACGAAGAAAAGAAAAACAAAUUCCUGAAACUCAUGGGUUUCAAAGGAGACACCGGAAACAUCGCGGCGCCCUCGACCGUCCCAACCGCCUCGACAGCGCCGGGAAAGGAGACGCUCGACUCUGCCGCGCAACAAAAGAUGAAUUCAGAACUCGAGUUCCAGUACUUUCAAGGCAUGAAGCGCAAGGACGGAAGGAAAACUGGGCUCGGCUUAUAG